AGGCGGCAGUGCGCGGAAGUGCUGCUAUUCCGUGGCUCCGGAAUACCCUGUAUGACGUUUCCGGGCUGUCACAAAAUAUCUUCGAACGACAGUGGUUGGCAGUUAUGUGCUAAGAAGUGACCUGAUGUGACAUAAGCAAGCAAUCCCGUGCGUUUGCUAUAAGAAAAAUUUUUACUAGUGAAAAGCCAAAAUGGCGAAGAAAUUUACUCUGCCUCUACUGUUUGGGUUGUGCGCAUUAACUGCGUCCAACGGGUUUUACUUACCAGGUUUAGCACCCGUCAAUUAUUGCCAUGUCGGAGAACAAUCGGAUACCUGCAAGUCAGAGAUCAAGUUGUACGUCAAUCGACUUAAUACAGAGCAAUCAGUUAUACCUUAUGAGUAUAACCAUUUCGAUUUCUGCCCUGCUAAUAAUGACCAAUCGCCGGUAGAAAACUUGGGUCAAGUGGUGUUUGGAGAGCGUAUAAGACUGUCGCCUUACAAGCUCGAGUUUAUGAAUAAUGAAACUUGCAAGCUGUUAUGCACAAAGACGUACUCAGGAGGAGACGAGCAAUCAGCAAAGAAGUUGCAGCUACUGAAGAAAGGCAUGGCUCUGAAUUACCAGCAUCACUGGAUUGUUGAUAACAUGCCUGUUACAUGGUGUUACCCACUAGAAAGCUCGCGCCAAUACUGCAGUACUGGAUUCCCCAUGGGCUGCCUAUCCAAAGAAGUUCGCUCUCCAACAGACAUGUGUAAUAUUGGCUACAACCAACCGAAUACGUACUACCUGUUCAAUCACGUGGACUUGACCAUAACGUAUCACAGCGGUGACAAAGAAGAGUGGGGAUCAGGAUAUAGUCAGAAAGUAGGGCGAAUAAUAUCUGUCAAGGUGGAGCCCCGCAGCAUAAAUCACAAUCCGUCUUUGCCUGACUGCGAUAGCAGAAGUCCAUUGGCAAUAAAAAGAGAAGACUUGAGCCCUUCGGAAAAACUUGACGUGCUUUACACAUACCGCAUUACGUACUUGAAAAAUAACACAAUCAAAUGGUCAUCGAGAUGGGAUUAUAUUCUCGAGUCGAUGCCACAAACAAACAUCCAGUGGUUUAGUAUCCUAAAUUCGCUAGUGAUUGUUCUCUUUUUGUCUGGGAUGGUAGCUAUGAUUAUGCUACGCACGCUGAAUAAAGAUAUUGCUCGAUAUAACCAGGCCUACUUUCAGAUAGAGUCGGGAGAGGACGCGCAGGAGGAAUUUGGAUGGAAGUUGGUACACGGUGAUGUGUUUCGCCCUCCGCGGAAAGGGAUGCUGCUGUCGGUACUUCUCGGCUCUGGCAUUCAGGUUUUCUUUAUGGCACUGAUUACUUUAGCAUUUGCUUGUCUUGGCUUCCUUUCACCGGCAAAUCGUGGUGCCCUAAUGACUUGCGCCAUGGUUCUAUAUGUGUGCCUCGGCACCCCAGCUGGAUAUGUCUCAGCUCGUGUAUAUAAGAGUUUUGGCGGCGAAAAGUGGAAGUCGAACGUUCUCCUAACUUCUAUGCUUAGCCCUGGCAUUGUCUUCAGUUUGUUCUUUGUAAUGAACUUGAUAUUCUGGAUGAACGACAGCUCCGCAGCUGUACCUUUCAGCACACUUGUCGCCCUGUUGGCAUUGUGGUUCGGUGUGUCUGUUCCUCUUACAUUCGUUGGAUCAUAUUUUGGCUUUAGGAAAAGGCCUCUCGAACAUCCUGUAAGGACCAACCAGAUCCCACGGCAGAUUCCGGAACAAAGUUUCUACACACAAGCUGUUCCUGGAGUAGUGAUGGGAGGAGUCUUGCCCUUUGGAUGCAUAUUCAUUCAGCUCUUCUUUCUGUUAAAUUCCCUAUGGUCAAGUCAGGUGUACUACAUGUUCGGAUUCUUGUUCCUGGUAUUUCUCAUUCUUGUCAUAACAUGUUCAGAGACAACAAUUCUUCUUUGCUACUUCCAUCUUUGCGCAGAGGAUUACCACUGGUGGUGGCGGAGCUUCUUGACAUCAGGUUUCACCGCGUUCUAUCUUCUAGUUUACUGUAUCCACUACUUUGUCACAAAACUUAAUAUUGAAGACGCAACAUCGACGUUCCUGUAUUUCGGAUACACCCUUAUUAUGGUGUUCUUAUUUUUCUUACUCACAGGUUCCAUUGGAUUCUUUGCCUGCUUCUGGUUCGUGCGUAAAAUCUACAGCGUAGUGAAAGUUGAUUAGUGCAAGGCUUGUUACAACUCUAUCAAGUCCCGAAGAGUACCCUACUUCUCGGUGGCUGUUGUGAGAAGUUGAAGAAAAUUAAUAAUUCAUUGCCUAUAAUAAUGGCACGAAACUACUCGAGUAUAUCGGUCCGGUAACGUCCAAGGACACACUAACUUUCGAGAGUUUGAAAAGAAAAAUAGUUGAAUGUGUACCAAGGAUGCAAAAUAGAUCUUUUUACGCAAAGUCCAAGUUUGCAAUAUGAGUCGUAUGCGAGCGCUUGCGCAAGCCAAAGACGAAUAUUAGAAAUAAGCGAGGCAAAUACUGCUUCCAUGGUGCACAAGAUACUUUAUGUAACAAAAGUACGGUUUAUAAGUGUGGUUUUUUUUUUUUUAAUCUUUUUUCUUUCAAACACUUUUAAGUACUACGACGUAAGGGGCAAAAAAAGACGGGUAAACCAUACCGUGUUACAUAAAUUAUGUUAUUGGUAACAAUAACAAUAACGAUAAGGAUAAUAUAGUUCACUUAAUGUUAAGUGUGCAUCUUAUAAGCGUGUAUAUAUACAUAUAUGAAGAUUAAUAUUCAUAUGUAUGAGUAAUUUGUACAAAUCGGUCAUUAUGUUAGGGAUUUUUUCCAAUUACCUACUUUUAGCUUUCGUUUAUGCUGUAUCAAAGACUUUCGAAAUAGCAGUUUUUGAGAUCGACAGUUUUGUAUGAAUACAAACCCUGUGGUGACUGAAGAUAGGGAUCACCCAGUAACAUUGAAUAAAGAGCCUGCCGACAAUUCGUCAAUAUCAUUUUUUGGUAUCGAGGAAUAUAACAUUGUGGGUUGAUAAAAUGUAACACCAUAGGGGGGGGGGGGGGUGACGAAUUCCAAGCAUUUUUGGAGAACCAAAAAUUAUUUACAAAUAACUACUGCACUAUCAAACAGAAUACUUGCCACUGUCAUUGAAUCAAUACCCAGGCAGUGAACAAUAGUGCCCCCCUGCAAUAGAUUACCGGCAUACCCUGUUUGCAUAUACCUGGGACAGUUGAAUAAAUCUGGGCAUUCUCUGUGAAUUAUUAACUAUGAAGACCGAAAAGAAACAACAACAAAUGUCAAAUCUUCUGUAAAUUGUAGUCGUUGUUAUUAUUAUUAUUAUUAUUAUUAUUUGUGUUAUAAAGAGCGCGUAUAGAGAUUGUAUUUUGAGGUCUCUUACUUUUAUUGAUGAAUAAUUUUACAUGCCACAUUUUGGGAUAUAUCAAGUAUAAUAUAUACAUGUGAUUCCGCAAGGCGGGGCGGCAAUACGUGCCGUAUGUUGUUACACUUGCGCAUAAAUCGCCGGCGAAUAACAGCUGCUACCUGAUUCAUGGCAGGUGUGAAUUUAUUGAAAUAACACAUUAUUCGUCACGUUUCGAAGUUCGCCGACAUUUAACGGUGUCACACCGAUUGCGCGUUAUAUUUGUCCAAACGUGCCAAUGUCGGCUAACGAAAAUUACUAUGUAUUGUACGUAAUACACAUUGUUCAAAAUUUCCAUCGGAA